UCACCCGCCGCACGAUCGAUUUUCCUCCCUUUGUGAUUACCACCGGCGCGUGAUACUACGCGAGUGAGGUUAGUGCAUUUUCACAAUACAGUUUUUUUAUAAGUGAAAAAUUCAAACAAGUUUUGAAAAUGAGUUCAAAUGAGUUCAGAUUGGAGCGCAACGUUGAGUUGUCGCCAGAGACAAAAGCUAUUGCAGAACAGGAGUUACGGGAAACUCCAGAGAGGGUGCGUGAAGCCUUAGAGAGGCUGCGGGAGCUGCUCAAGGAGAACAAGGACCUACACUUCGGAGAUGACGACGAGCUGCUCACAAUCUUCCUGCGCCCUUGCAAGUGGUACCCAGAGAGCGCGAUUGCACUAAUGCGUCGUGUUGCGGAGUUCAAGCGCGACAAUGCGUCACUGCUGGACAAUUUACUGCCUGAACAAGAGCAGACCGCUUUCCUUGACCAUAAGGUCGUCAACGUCCUGAAGGGCCGCGACCAUAAGGGAAGAAGAGUCCUAAUUGUCAGUGUUGGAGGUUCAUGGGACCCAAAGAAGGUGAAUGCUGACCAGCUGUUCAGGCUGUUCUAUUUGAUCCACGAGGCGGCUAUGUUGGAGCCAGAGUCACAAGUUAGAGGAACCGUUGUCAUCAUGGACUUCCACAACAUGGGGUGGACACAGACAAUGGGUCUUACUCCAGCGUUCUCCAAGCGUCUCCUGACCUUCAUCCAGGACGCUAUGCCCCUUCGGCUGAAGGAGGUGCACUUCGUGAAGCAGCCCAUGGUCUUCAACGUUGUUUGGAACAUGUUUAAGCCUUUCAUCAGGGAAAAGCUCAAGAACAGAAUUUUCUUCCACGGCUCGAAGAUGUCAUCUCUUCAUAAGCACAUGGCGGCGUCUCACUUGCCGUCUGACUACGGUGGCGAGCUGCCCGCCAUCGACUACUCCGGCGCCGACUGGUACCCUGUCAUCAACGACGUCUUGCCGCACAUCAACAACUGGAACACCUAUGGGUUCGCCAAGAACUCGUAGACAACUAGAUUUAGCUUACUGCAUUCCGUCGAUGUGAAUGAAUUUCAGCUAUUUAGUACAAGAUAUUUAUGACUUCAGAAUUUUCUGAGCCCAUUGUAAUUCAUUCCUCCUACGGAAUGCACUUUUACAUUUAUCACGUUUGGCAGUUUAUACUAUUCUCAAUGUAACAUAGUUUUAGAAUUUUUUAAGACUUAUACUGGAGUACGUGUUCGAAUAGCCGUUGUUCUAAGUUCUGGCUUACAGUGGUGAUAGGAUAAUUGUUAAAUAAUGCCAUGUGCCCGAGCACCACUAGUAUAACAUAACUUGAGCUUUCCCAUAAUUGGGGUUCGAUGUUAUUAGGUAUAGAUAUUACCAAAAUUAGAAAUAAAAUAUAGGAAUUCAAAAAAGAAAUUGAAUGGUAGCUUAACAUAGUUCCAAAACUGAAGAGUGUGAGUGAAUGGGUAACAAAAUAUUAUGUGAUAAAUAUUGACAAGUAAUAUAAUAGUUUAAAUGUUAAGGUUAGGUUUACUGAACGACACAGGCUAGAUAGCUACGGUUGAGGAAUUAAUCGCUAGUAUGUUUGAUCUAGGCAGGUUUUAGGUAAUUACAUGACUGUGCAACGACUGCAAUGUUCGUGUGACUUUAGGAUAAUUGUUUCCAUUGUAUGUGUAAGAGAUGUAUUUGUAUAUUCAAAUUUCCAUGGGGAUGUGAGCGAAGUUCAUGACAUGUACGUACGAACACUUUGUAGACAUGGCGGUGUUUAUUUAUUUAGACGUAGGACAGGAACCAUGUUCCCUUUGAUUGUGCACAACUCGCAUGUCGAGAAGGCUGUGACAAUGAUGACGUACGGUGCCAGUUCUGAACCAUUUUAUCACCAAAUGUAGUAUAACCUAUUAUAGUAUGUUUAAUACUAUGUUAUAGCGUUAAGUUACUCAAGACAUUUAAAACAGUACAUUUUCCAUAAUUUAUUCAAUUCGCACAAUUGUGAGCGAUAUGUAAUUUUUGCAAACUGAUGGUCAAUUUUAAAGGAAAUCAUUGAUGUACCUAGUAGCAUUUUGUCGCAUUUAAUUUGAUUGCGAAUGUGUCCAAAUGUUGUUUUAUAGUUCAAAGCAACGUUAUCAAAUAUAUUUCAAUGAUUACGUAUCCUCAGUGGUUGUAGGGUUCUGUGUAUAGCCUCUAAGAAAUGAGCUAUUAGAAUUUAAGUGUAAUUUUAGUAGGAUUACUGGAGUUUCUUGUGGUAUGACUUCUGUAUGUCUAUAGGUAACUUCAUCGUGGAUUUCCUAGACGUGUCCAAUGUGCCUUUAAUAGACGCAUUCCAAACUAUUUUUGUAUUGUUUUUUAUAGAUUUGUAAUAUUCUUACUAGGUAUACGGAAAAAUGAAAAAUACCUGAUUUGCUCAAUAUUUACAUGGUGUGUGUGUGAAAUGAAAUGCAUAAAAUUACCUAUUUAUGCAUUUUGUGUAGAUAUUAAAUUUAAAUAAAUGAUUAUGAAAUA